UUCUUUCUCUGAGCACCGCCGACACCAUCCAGAACCAACGGCAACGUCCCUUCCAUCUUUCCCUCGUUAUUCCCCCUCUCUCGCCAUUCGCUCCCUCUCUCUUCACUUUAAGCUCAUUCCCGUGAUCUCUAAAGAAGAGCCGACGGAGAAAGAGUCUUUGCUGUGAUCCACAGAGGGUUAGCGCAUCGGACAGUGCUGGGAAGUUUAAGCCAAAAGGAGAGUGCAAUUUCGCCUUGCUACACUGUUGAACGUUCGUCGAGAGAAGCAAGCAAGCUGAGGACCUGCAUCAUAAGCAAAGUGGAUUGAAAAAAAAGAGAACAUUGUAUUCCAAUCACGUCUUCAUUUUCUCUCUCUCCUGCCAGAGCGGGAGGAGAGAGAGAGCGAGGGACAGAGAGAGAGAAAGAAAGAGAGAGAGAGCUCAACGGGAAAAUAUCGUAGGAAGAGAGGCAGAGGAGAGAGAGAGAGAGAGAGAGAUUCAACAAUAUUUAAACUAGUGGCUUUUUUUUCCGGAUGCUGUUAAAUUGCAGUGCCAAAGUAAGGUGAGUGGUGCGUGUGUGCAUCUACGUGUGUUUUAAUGCUUAUGUGUGUUGCAUAUAGCUAAGCCUCGGACGUGGAAGGGGAAGGAAAGCACUCGUUGAUAAUGAGAACGGAACAGAGGAAUCUGGGUAUCCUAUCUGAUCAAUGGGAAUUUGUUUACCAUAUCCAACGCUUUCGAGACGAUGUCACGACGAAAGCAACUGCAGUACUCUUGGCAUGCGUUUCAGCAGCUUCUCUUCAUAUCCAUAUAGCCCGUAACGGAAGACCGGGAUAUCUCACCUUCCCCGCCACAAGGGCACCUCACACGCAGGAGAUGUGAAGUCAGAUCCCCUUAAACUGAUGCUGUGAAGUGGCUUGCCAUAGCCGUGACUUCAUCAGGUCUCAGUGAGGAUGCUGUGGGUUACCUUGCUGAGCACCAUAGCCUUAGGAUGGACCACCCCAAUCCCACUGCUGGAGGACUCGGAGGAGAUGGACGAGCCCUGCUUCGAGCCCUGCUACUGCCAAGUCAAAGAGGGCGUCUUUCACGUCCACUGUGACAGCAAAGGGUUUACAAACGUCAGUCAGAUCUCCCAGAUAUGGACGCGGCCCUUCAAACUCAACCUGCAGAGGAACUCCAUGAGGAAGCUGUACUUCAACAGUUUUCUUCACCUCAACAACGCUGUGUCCAUUAAUCUGGGGAAUAAUGCGCUACAGGACAUCCACGCCGGAGCAUUUAACGGAUUGGGAAUUCUGAAACGGCUGUUCCUGCAUGAGAACAAACUAGAGGUUUUCCGUAAUGACACCUUCCUGGGUCUGGAAAGCUUGGAAUACCUGCAGGCAGACUAUAAUGUCAUCAAGAGGAUAGAGAGUGGAGCGUUCAGGCACCUUCACAAACUCAGAGUGCUCAUUCUAAAUGACAAUCUCAUACCAGUCCUGCCCUGCUACCUAUUUAGGUCGGUGUCACUAACACACCUGGACCUGAGGGGAAACCGUUUAAAGACUUUACCAUAUAAGGGCACGUUGGAAUAUGUGGGGCGGAGCCUGAUGGAGAUUCAGCUAGAGGAGAAUCCAUGGAUCUGUGAGUGUGAUAUAGUUCAGCUAAAAACAUGGUUGGAACGCGUUCCCUACACAGCACUGGUAGGAGAGAUCACCUGCGAGUACCCCUUCCACUUGCACGGGAAAGAUUUACGAGAGAUCAAACGCAGUGAGCUCUGUCCGUUACUUUCAGACGUGGAAAUCGAGGUCAAACUGGGAAUCCCCCGGUCUCCAUUUAACAACGAGAACACGUGGCCAACGAAACCUUCCUCCAUGCUGUCUUCGUUCCACAACACGGCGUCGUCUGUGGAGUACAAAGAGAGACAUGUCAAACCCACCAAACGGCCCAGGCCCACCAAAAACUCUCCAACCCCUCGUAGUCUCUACCCCGGCCUGAACCAGCCCCCCAUAGCUGGCUACCAGACCCGCCCCCCCAUCCCCAUCGUCUGCCCCUCUGGGUGUAUGUGCAACCUCCAUAUCAACGACCUGGGGCUAACGGUCAACUGUAAAGAGAAGGGCUUUCAUAAUAUCUCAGAGCUCCUGCCCAGGCCCCUAAAUGCCAAGAAACUUUACCUGAGCGGGAAUCUGAUACAGAAAAUCUACCGGUCUGAUUUCUGGAACUUUUCCAGUUUGGAUUUACUACACUUGGGGAAUAACCGGAUAUCGUACGUCCAGGAAGGGGCGUUUAUCAACCUUCCCAACCUGAAGAGUUUGUAUCUGAAUGGGAACGACAUUGAGAGGCUAACUCCCGGUAUGUUCCGGGGCUUACAGACGUUGAGUUAUCUUUAUUUUGAGUAUAACGUGAUUCGUGAGAUCCAGCCGGCGUCAUUCUCUCUCAUGCCCAGCCUUCAGCUUGUUUUCCUCAAUGACAACCUCCUCCGCACCCUCCCGACCGACGCCUUCGCAGGCACAAGCCUGGCUCGACUCAACCUCCGCAAUAACUACUUCCUGUCCCUGCCCGUGCGUGGUGUUCUAGAACACCUGCAUUCCAUCGUCCAGGUGGACCUUCAUCAGAACCCCUGGGACUGCUCCUGUGACAUCAUCCCCCUCAAAAGCUGGAUGGAGAAGCUGUCCUCUGUCAUCAUGGUUAGUGAUGUCAUCUGUAAGACUCCGGAUUUUGCCUUUGGGAAGGAUCUGAGGUCGCUGGAUGCUGAGAUCAUCUGUCCAGAGAUGAAAUACUCAUCCGGACCCUCCCCAGCUCUCCUCCCCUCUGAUGACAUGACCACCGGUAGCUCUGGUCUGGGGGAGGCUGUGGGGAGGGGGCCGGUGCCUCUAUCAGUCCUCAUCCUCAGUCUUCUCGUUCUGUUCAUCUCAGCGGUUUUCGUGGCCGCGGGCCUCUUCGCCUUUGUCUUGCGGAGACGGAAGAAGCUGCCCUUCCGGAAACGCUCUGAGGUGGAUCUGACGGGAAUCCAGAUGCAGUGCAGGAUAUUCGAGGAUCCGCCGAGACAGACCAGCAGUGGAAGCGUAGGCUCACCAGAAAAGCCCCCCAGCGGACACACACAUACACAUUCACACACUCAUGGUCACGUUGGCCACACACACAGUCACGGUCACGUCUAUGAUUACAUUCCUCACCCUGUGACGCAGAUGUGCAACAACCCCAUUUACAAGCCCCGGGAGGGGGAGAUAGGGGAGCAGUUUGCAGAAACAAAAGAGAACAACAGUAAUUACCGAACCCUCUUAGAGAAGGAGAGGGAAUGGACCCUAGCCAUGUCUAACUCACAGCUCAACACUAUCGUCACGGUAAACCACAAUACAGGGGAUAAAUCAGGAUUUCACGAGAACGGCGGACUGUGUCCCACCGUGAUUGACAGCCAGAGACCCAAGCCGACUGUUGGCUUCGUAGACUGUCUGUAUGGAACGGUCCCGAAACUAAAGGAUAUGCACGUCGCACACGCACACCCACCCGGUAUGCAAUACCCGGACUUACAACAGGACGCACGUCUCAAGGAGACGUUGCUGUUCACAGCGGGUAAAGGCUGCUUCCCUGACCCAUCCCAAAGCGAUUAUCUUGAGUUAAGAGCCAAACUCCAAACAAAGCCGGAUUACCUCGAAGUACUGGAGAAAUCAUAUCGGUUCUAACACAUGGAGAAUAGCAUAGGCUACAUACAAACACACACUCUCACUUUUCCAUAACCCGAACGGAACAAAAUCACGGACAAAAACGAAACAAAAAAGCAGCAUGAUAUUAAAAUUAAAAAGUAUAUUACUAAACGUUUUCCCACCAAAAUCGCUUUGGAGGAAAGGCCAUUCUCAGAUAUUCAAUGAAGUGCCUUUUUUCAGAGUAGCCAGCAAUGUUAUCACCCCUUAUUUUUAUAUGGAACAGAUUGGUCUAUAUACCAAGGAGGGUGAGAGACCAAGAAAGAGAGGCACCGGGAGAAUCACAACAUCCGAAAAUAUACCCCAUCAAAUCGAGCCCUUCAUACGAUCUCAAAAGGUGGAGUGGAGUAACCCCGUGCGCGAGAGGAGCUGGAGCAGGAUUUCUCCGUGUCCGUUGGGCUCAUGUUUCUGUCUCUCUGUCUUUUACGUGGAUAUAUCAACGCCCGGGUUCCGUGCACAUGAAGUUUGUAGGAAAUAAAUAAAAAAUAAAAAUGGAUGAAUUUGCAGUUUGCUGCAUGCACUCGCUCCCAUUGCAGUGGUGAGGGAUUUGCUCAGAACUAUCAGUCACGUGUUAAUAGCGAUACUGUAACACCUUAUGUUUCAGUGUUAUAUUUCAUUUUAUAUAUUAGUAUCAUUAUUAUUAUUGUUAAAGAGGACUACUAUCUAUAUCUGGGUGCAAUUCUCAAGGACGUACUCACCCAAGGAUGAAAAUAACAUUUGUGAAUAUAUUAUAUGAUGACGCUCAAGGUUUUCUGGAAAUUCACGCACUUUCUUAAGAACAAUGCUUCGGAUUAUCUCAUCGACACUACCGGCUUUGUAGGAGGCACUUUUAAUGUUUUCUCUCUCACAAAGAUUUGAAGAAAAUAUCUGCAUAUAUUUAUUCUGUAAUUUCAGUGAACAUUUUAUUGUAAAGGUAAUGUUAAAUAAAUGUAUAGUGAAUAUGCGUCUGGUAUAGCCUUCUUAAUAAAAACUCUGAAAUGAAAUGAAAAGGGUGCUACCACGGAACGUUUGUGAACAACGUAGAGGUAAUGUGUUUGGUAUAGCGCUAUACUGUGCUGUGUCUGUCUGUGCAUUGCAGAAUGAUACAUUGACAUUUCUAGUGGCUUGAUUACAUUAUUAGUUGUGCUGCUGUUGGCAAGGAUAUGUGAAUUCCGCUGCUACUCUGCAAUGGUAACCUACUUAAGGUAGGCUAGAGUCGGGAAGGCGUGCAACUAUGAGUGUAGCUGGUGAUACAAAUGAGAGAAAGAGGGGGAUACGUCAUUUGGAGAUGCAGAAUUGAAAAUGGCCCAAUGAAUGAAUCAAGUUUUGUCCGAAGGGUAAUAUAAAUGCACCAUUGUGUUCCCAUUUUCUUGCUACAGUUUUCAUAUGAAAGUUCAACGAAUUAUCUAGAAAGGCCGCGAGUCUGAACGAGAGACGUACUCUCCAGUGCGCACUUGAUGCUCAUUCGCUGCAGAAUGACAUUACAGAUAUUGUCCACACGAGGGCGACAGAGGGACACUCAGAUUGCCAGUUCAAUAACUGUACUGCUGGUUUGUUAGAAAACUAUUGCCAGACUGUUCUCCUAUCAUUAGACUGCAAUACAUUUAAUCCACUACCAAAUUAAACACUAGGCCUGAACAUUAUUAAAUAUGGUCCGUUAUAUUUUUUCAAAUUGAAAUACAAUAAUCAUCAGAGAGCAUUAUGUUUGCUUGGAAUUAUCAAUGAGUUCAGUAGAAUCUGAGGACUUUAUACUAGUCCCGUGCAGGUAAUAUAAUGGUUAUUGUUAUAUAAAGGAUGUUCUAUAUCCAUCAUGUAUUUUUGAAUGGCCUUAAAUAGGGAGAACACACGUGACAGGGAAAUGGGUUUCAAGCAAUGUCAUUCAACUCAAACCAAUUGAUCAUUUGAAGUUCCAUGUCAUGUAAAGGCCCAGUGCAGUCAAAAACGGAUUUCAAUGUGUUUUAUACAUAUAUUUCCACUCUAUGAGGUUGGAAUAAUACUGUAUAAUUGUGAAUAUUAUAAUAAUGCCCUUUUAGUUUAAGAGCUGUUGUAAAAGAACGCCUGAAAUUUCACCCUUUUCGGGUGGGAUGGAGUUUUGGUCUGCCUGGUGACAUCAUCAGGUGGUAAAUAGACGAAUAAUAAAGAGUGUUCCAAACCUCCCUGACAAUUUAAGCUAUUUUUCUCUGUUCCCCUCCCAUCUCAGACCACUCCCAGACAAGUCUAGCAAAAUUCCUCCUCGAGGACCUUUUUUUCUUUCUUAUUUUUGUUUCUUAUUGACCAUUUUACUUGAAAAUAAUCACAGUAAGGUACUUAAUUGUUACCCAGAAAUGAUUUGAUUUUGAGAUAAAAACGGCUGCAUUGGACCUUUAAGAUGUUACUAGUUGGUUGGGGGCGGAGCCAGAAAAGGAGGUAAUUGAGACAGAUAAGGAGAUGUUGCAUUUUGCAGGAAAGUUGAGUGAUCUUGAAGAGAUAUUAAUGUUGAAAGGAAUGUCAUGUCCAUCUGUAAUUUAGUUUAUUAUUUAUUAGUCAUCAGGAGCACAAAACUACGUAUAUAUGUUUCUAUCAUAGUCACUGUCACCCCAUUUGACUAUCUGUCUCUAACAAACACACACACACACACACACACACACACACACACACACACACACACACACACACACACACACACACACACACACACACACACACACACACACACACACACAUACACACACAUACACACACACACACACACACACACACACACACACACACACACACACACACACACACACACACACACACACACACACACACACACACACACACACACACCAAAUGAGUAUACACAUUGAGCAGGCCUUCAUUAUUAGCACUGUAGCAUCACAUCAGGCGAAGGUCUAUAAGAUUUAGUUUGUCUACCCCACCCCUCCAUCCCCAUUCCUCCUCCCCAACCAGACUGAUUGAGGUCAGCACUUUUCUGCAUGCACUCUGUUUGAUUUAAACAAACCUGAAUGAUUCUAUUUUAAACGAUACGUAAGGUUCCAUAAUGAUCCACCUUGAUAUUUCUGUGAUUCAGUAAGGUGACACGGCCCACUAUUUUCAUUCAUGUUAUUUAGGGCUUAAUUGAUUCUCUGUUUGGUUCCGACCACACAUGCGCUUGUUGAUUAUGUUCUAAUAAAUCCUAUUGUUAUCC